AACUACACGGGACCCGAUCAAGUCAACAAUAUUCCAGUAAUCUGCUAGACUUUUCAGCUUGGUAUCGUAACAGGUUAAAACGAGUGACUUAAACAGGAAAGUGAGACGGUUAUCUAAAACCUUAAGAGCUACUAGGAAAUCAUAAUGGAGAAAUAUGUGAGGGUGAAGAAAAUUGGAGAAGGAUCAUUUGGAAAAGCUGUUCUCGUGAAAAGCAAAGAAGAUGGCCUACAAUACGUGGUUAAAGAAAUUUCAAUUUCAAAAAUGCAAAUGAAAGAAAGACAAGAAGCUCGAAAAGAAGUCAGUGUAUUGUCAAAGAUGCGACAUCCAAAUAUUGUGCAAUAUGUGGAAUCGUUUGAAGAGAGUGGAUGUCUUUACAUUGUGAUGGAGUAUUGUGAGGGAGGUGAUCUGUAUGCAAGAAUUAAUUCACAACGUGGAAUGGCAUUCUCAGAAACUAAAGUUUUGGAAUGGUUCGUGCAGAUGUGCCUUGCGUUAAAACAUGUUCAUGAUCGAAAAAUCCUACACAGAGAUAUUAAAACUUCUAAUAUAUUUCUCACAAAAAGUGGAGCAAUUAAGCUUGGUGAUUUUGGAAUUGCCAGAGUUUUAAACAAUACACUUGAACUCGCGAGAACUUGCAUUGGAACACCUUACUAUCUGAGUCCUGAAAUUUGCGAAAACAAACCUUAUAAUAACAAGAGUGAUGUUUGGGCAUUGGGAUGUGUUUUGUAUGAAGUUCUCACAUUAAAACAUGCAUUUGAAGCUGGAAAUAUGAAGAAUCUUGUACUGAAAAUUAUCAGGGGAUCUUAUCCUCCAGUUCCGCCUCGGUAUUCAUAUGAUCUUCGAGGUUUAGUCAGUCAACUGUUUCGACGAAAUCCUCGAGAUCGACCAUCUGUAAAUACAAUAUUACGGCAACCAUUUAUCAAGAAACAUACAGUGAAAUUUUUAACACCUGAGCAACAUGAGGAUGAAUUCAGUCACACAGUUCUUCAUAAGAAUAGAAAGCCAAAUCCAAGGCCAAUAUCUGCUCCAGUAGCUGCACGUAAAAAACCUGAUGAUAAACCUAAAGGUGUAAAAAGUCCUGUUGAUGCCCGAGCAAAACAAAUAGCAGGGAUAUAUGGACCAUCUGUUGCAGCUCCAAGACCAAGCAGUGCUGCUGUCAGAUAUAGAAGACUCGCUGAACAGAAAAAGAAAAGUGAAUAUGAAAUGGAAAAGAAAAACAGAUUACAAGCUGAGAGAGAAAGAAGAGAACAAAAUGAAAGAAAAAGGAAGGAGGAAAUAGCCAAGUUACAAUUGGAUCGUGCCAAUCGAAUUCGAAGACAACAAUUAUAUAGAGACAGAGAAAUGGCGAGGCAGUUGAAUUUGAAGCGGUCUAGCGACGUCUUUGAUAAGAAUAAAGCGUCUGAUGAGAAUAAAAAUCCGUCUGAAAACAAACAUCCACCUCCAAAGCAAGCUCGGCCAACGUCAGCACCAAGCCAACAACCAGCUGAAAAAUAUGAAAAAUAUCAUCAGUAUCUUGCAAGAUUAAGAGAAGGACAAGGGAAUGGAAUAGCUGAGCCAGCUAUGAACAAACUUGGUCAAGUGAAAGAAGCAUGGAAUGAACGACUUCAUGCCCAGAAUGCAGCUAUGGACGCCAUCGGAAAUAAAAUUGAAGCGAGAUUAGCAGCAGAAAAGGCCAGAGUUGAAAAUGAAUACUUGCAGAGAAGACAGGAAGCUGAAAUUAAUAAAAAACAAGGACAAAUUAUGAUUCAUGGUGAAAGAAUUCCACCCAGAGGAGGAGUUGCAGCCGCUUUGCAACCUUUUCAUGCUGCCCAUGCACAACAACAACCAAAGGGAAGAAAUAAAGAGGAAGAUGAUUACCUUGCUAGAUUAAGACAAAUCCGAAUACAAAAUUUCAAUGAAAGAAGAGCUUUGAAAGAAAAACAGCAAGCAAAACCUUACAAGGUUGUCAAUGCGAAGGAUGAAUUUGAAAAAAUAAGGCGAGAAAAAAUUGAGGCUUUACAGAAACAAGCUGAUGAAAGAGCUAAACUUAUCAGAGAAAAUGUGGAAAUGAGAAAACAAGCUUUGAAUGAAAAACCUCUUGAACGAAAUGCACACCAAGAACGGGCACGGGUGAGAGGAGUGAUUCCACCAGAUGAAAGAAAAGUGAAUUAUGUUCCAAAUCCAAUUGGAAUUACACAAGCUCUAAAUGCAGUUGGAAUUGAAAAUAAACCUGAACUUCCUAUUGUAAAUGCACAAGCUGAACCGAAGAAGGAUGAGUCCAUAGAACAACCAGCUAAACCACAAGUUCGAAAGAAUAUCUUGAAAAGAUUGAAUGAGAAGUUUCUACAAAACGAAGAAAACAAGGAUAAAGAUCAAGAUAGCAGUACGAAACCACCAGCACCAGUUCGUAAUGCAUGGGGUGAUGCAAACGUAAAACAAAAUAUGCAGCCACAAUGGGCAGCUGGUGACAUCGGAUUCAAACUUGCAAAUAUGCCUUUAGAGGAGACCGCUUCGCAAAUGGAAGAAACCAAAUAUGAUGAUCCGGUUCUAUUGAAUCAGGUUAAAAAUGCAGCGGCAAAGAGAGGAUGGAAUAAACCUAGUAAUACUGUCGUUAAUAAACUCAAUUUAUUAAGUUUAUGUGAUCCUACAUUAACUGCAGCACAAGAUGAUAAUGAUGAUGUGGAUGCAAAAUUUGAUAAGAAAACCAUUCCAGAGAAUAAUAAUAACAACAAUGUUGCCAAACUUACAGCAGUUAAGUCAGAAUUGCCAGUGAAAUCAUCUCAACCUGGCCCGAGACCACUGCCGCCUGUCCCUGCCAGAUCACAAUCUCCAACACGAUUUACUGUCAAAUUUGAAGACGCAAAAAUGGCAAAACCUGUUUUAGGCGAUGUUAAAAAAGAACUUCAUAAACCAGCUAUUCCAGCUAAAGGUACAGUUGUACUUGGUGACUUAUCGGCAGCGGCUUUGGCGAGUACACCAGAAGUGAAUGUCUCUGAACCCCAAUCAAAACCUGUCGUUCCACAAAAGUCUUCUGUCGUUGCAGCUUUAGCAGCGAAAUUUGAUUCUGGUGCCGCAUCGCACAAAUCAACGUUUGUGGUCGGAAAAGUAGAAAAUGAGGCAGAUGGAGAUAAACAAUUAUCUAAUACUGAUAAUACAAUUGAAGAUGAUAAAACUAAAACAAAAAAUAUCUCUUCAAAUGAAGAUGGAAAAAAUGAAUCUCAUCAAGACAAAGUUGAAAUUUCUACUGAUAAAAAAGAUGAACCUGCUGAUAAGAAAGCCAUAUCUAUUGAUAAAUCUACUGAUUCAGUUGAUCAGGCAGAGAUUCAAGUGAUUAAUUUAUGUGAUGAUUCAGUAAGCGAAAAAGUUGACAAACCUGUUAUUGAUGCUUGGAGCAAAGAUUCAGAUAAUGCAAAUAAGGAAAAACAAAUGAUUACUGAAAAUUCGCCGAGGGUGAAUACGCAAAAGCGAAGUUCAGAAGAAGAAAAUGUAGUUGCAGCUGAAAGCCCCAGAAAAAUGCCAUCGCCUACCAUUUCAUCAGCUAACAUUGAACAGAAAGAAAAACUAUUUGAUAGAGUUCCACAAUCUCCUACAGUUUCAGCAACUCUACCUAUUCAAAGCCAGAGUUUGAAUUCUUCUCCACAAAAAUUAAGUAAAACGUUGUAUGCAACUGCAAGUGAAGAAAUGGUUUUAAAAUUGACUUUAGGACAUUUUGACUCUCCAAGUGUAAAAUUAUUACGAACUUGCUCUAUGCCUGAUUUAACGAAAGCAAUACCAGAGGAAUCAGCAGAGAUAGAUGAAUCAUCACCUGUACGUAGAUCUCUUGAUAUGAUGAAAUCACCUCACAGUGACGAUGAAGGUUCUUCAGGAACAAUGAGUCCUGAUUUUGCAGCGAGUGUUGCUGAAUCAAUGAACGAUACAAAUUUUGAUGACGAUCCUGAUUUAAUUCCGAGUGAGGAAGGAGGAGAAAUACUGGAUGAAGAAGAGGAAGAUGAAGAUUUAGCGAGUCUCAGAGCUAAUUUGGAAAAUGCUCUUCAAAUUGAUCCUGUAUCUAGCGAUGAAAAUAAAAGUGACUGUAGUGAAGGAUGGGAAUCAGAUGAUGAUGACGUUAGUUCAGAUGGAGGUGGAUCAGAUAUUUCAGAUACUGAAAGUGUUUUUUCAAGAUUGGAAGCAAAUCGUGAAGAAUUAGAAGCUGAACUUGGAUUUGAAGAAUUUAUGAAAGCUUAUAAAUAUAUUCAGGCUAUUCAUGAAGAUGAAAAUGAUGAAAUGAAAGAUUGUGAACGGAGAAUACGAGCAAUACUCGGUGAUAAACAUGACAGAUUAUAUCCCAGAAUAUUACAGCUUGUAAUGGCUGAUGGUGCAUAUUGUGAAGAUAACAAUUGAUGACAUUCCUACUUGGAAAUUCCAUUGGGAACAUUGGAUUCAAAACCCUAUUUUUUACCAAAGUUUUUAAAUUUAUAUAUACCUAAUAUUUCCAUUCCUAUAGUUCUCAGUAUGUAAGGUGCUAACUACAAACACAACGCACUGUAAACAUACAAGUGCUGAAUGCAAUUGCAAGUAGAAGUGCACGGUGCAUAUUAUUGAUUAAUUUAUUGAUGGAGGGUAAAAGUUAUUUAUGUCUUUGUGUAGAAAGUUGAAUAGUCUUAUUGUGGGCAUUAACACUAUGUCAUUCUCUGUUAACAUAGUCCUAAAUUAGCCUGAAAUAGGCGACGAAAGAUCGGAAUCAACUCAAUAUAUUUCAAAUAUCACAACAACAUGUUAUGUGAUAUCCGCGAUUUUUGACAUUUGGUGAUUUCAUCAAUGUUUGACAUAUGUGUUGGAUCUUUUGUUUCAUCUCUUGAUCUGAAGGUGACAUCAAAAAAAAGAAACCAUUAAUUUCUUAAUUUCUGUAAUCUAGAAUACAUAAAAGUAAUGUUUUCUCUAGAAUAAGUUCCAGAUGAUGUGGAUUCUGUUUUUUUCCUUUGUUUAUUUACGAUUAAGGUUCUUCUGUAUUGAAAUUUUCAUCUGCAAAGAUAGGGUUUGGAAAAACUAUCUUCUCUUAAUUUUUCUGACAUUGAUUAUCAUAUGAGUAAAUACAUUACAGCUUCUUCAUCUUCAAUUCAAUAAAGUUUUCUUUGGCUUGGGAAGCCUGACCUUAUUUCAGACAAUUAUCUGUGAACGCCUGUCCUUUCCCAAAGCAUAAAUCAAAUCAGACUGCUUGUUGGAAGCUUUGAGAAACUAUUGCUUCAUCAGUAUUUAUUUGAAGACAGUUUUAAAUCCUGGCAUUUAUGUCGGUCAUUAAGUGCUACACACUGCGACAGCCUGUGAGGCUAUAUGUCAAUUACAGAGACCUUCUAUGUGAGGGGCGUGCAACUGGCCCACGUGCCACAGCCCGGUCCGCCAAGGUAUUUAGUGUGGCCCUUGUCAACACUCAGAUUUUCUAUUAUCCAGCAUAAAAUCUUAUUCAGACUGUUAUGUUCAAAUAGGCUCUUCUCACAUGGGUAACAAUACAUAAUGUUUUUGCUCUUGUCGCUGUGUUAAAUCUUCCACCGUUUUGUCCGCUUCAUCUAUUACUGUAAGGCCAAGCGAUAGCUGUGUUCCGCAUUUUUGUGUGGCGCAGCUAGAUGUCUGAAGUUGGUUGUAUGGCACACUGACCAAAAAUGUUACACACCCCUGAUCUACCAAUAGUGGACUCAUUAUACUUUGACAUUAGCUGUGUAAUUUGUAUUAUGAUCAUUUUCGGACGAAUUUCUGCCAAAUACACCUUAGUAAUAAUUCCAUAGCUAAAUUUAUAUAGUUAAGUUUAUGCAGAUUUGCAAUUGUACAGUCAAACUGUGUGUAGUAGUUUGACCUUAAUAGUGAUGUUUUGCUACAUGUUUCUAGUUGAAUAAAACCAAAAUUAUGUUUA